UGAAAGUUUAAAAUCAUGUAUCUGAAAAAUAUCAAAAUUGAAUAUUUCUGUAGCUUUUUCGAAUCAUAUCGAAUAUGGACUUCAGCCCUUGUUGUCGGCGAACACUGCGACUUUCCGAGUAGUUGGCGUAACAACUAAACUCUUUCUGCUUGAAUGAGGAAAAAGAAUGUAGCAGGCAUUCAAGGAAUACACAUCAGGCAGCUAACAAAACAGAUCAGAGAAAAGGGGACCAUUUUAGGAAAAAUUGUAUAUUCGCUGGCAGUAUCCGAAAACGAUGAAGAGUUCGAUUACAAUGGUCGGAAUUGCGUCUCUUCAAUUUGAAUUAUAUGUUCUGUAAAAGAACCCAUCACAUACAACCCAAAUGGUACGCCUAGGAUCUGUGCAGUCGACUGUGGUUUGAAAUACAAUCAAAUUAGGUGUUUGAUAAAUAGAGGUGCAAGAGUCGACGUUGUUCCGUGGAAUCACAAACUGAAUAUUGAUGAGUACGAUGGGCUCUUCCUCAGUAAUGGUCCAGGUAAUCCGGAGAUGUGCAAAGAGACCAUUACAAACAUCAACGCGGUUCUUAGCAGUAAUAAGGUCAAACCAAUAUUCGGCAUCUGUCUAGGACAUCAACUUCUGUCUAUGGCCAUAGGCUGUUCCAGUUAUAAAAUGAAAUAUGGUAAUCGAGGUCACAAUCAACCAUGCAUUCAUCAUGAUACAGGAAGGUGUUACAUGACUUCUCAAAAUCACGGUUUUGCUAUCGAUGUCAAAACUUUGCCUGGUGAUUGGGAGCCUCUCUUUUCAAAUGCCAACGACGCAACAAAUGAAGGUAUAGUCCAUAGUCAGCUUCCUUAUUUUAGCGUACAAUUCCACCCUGAACACACAGCUGGCCCGCAAGACUUGGAAGUGUUGUUUGAUGUAUUUUUGGAAGUUGUAAAGAAUUACGCAGAUCAGCAGAGCAAUGUCAGGCAAUUAUUAACGGAUAAGUUAAAAUACAACAAACCACAGCCUGCACUCACACAUAUACCCAAAAAAGUGUUGAUAAUUGGUUCAGGAGGAUUGUCUAUUGGGCAAGCGGGAGAGUUCGAUUACUCAGGUUCCCAAGCAAUAAAAGCUCUCAGGGAAGAAAACAUCCAAACAGUGCUGAUCAAUCCCAACAUAGCCACAGUUCAAACAUCAAAAGGGCUGGCGGACAAAAUUUACUUCCUGCCACUGGUUCCGGAAUAUGUAGAGCAGGUAAUUCGUUCAGAAAGACCAGGGGGAGUACUGUUAACUUUUGGUGGACAAACAGGAUUGAAUUGUGGUGUCGAAUUGGAGAGGUUAGGAGUCUUCAAAAAGUAUAAUUGCCAAAUUUUGGGUACACCUAUUCAGGCAAUCAUCGACACGGAAGAUCGCAAAGUAUUUAGUGAGAGAAUAUCCGAAAUAGGGGAGAAGGUUGCUCCGAGUAUGGCGGCUCAUUCUGUUCAAGAGGCGUUAGAAGCUGCCGAUCAGUUGGGUUACCCUGUUAUGGCCAGAGCAGCGUUUUCUCUAGGUGGAUUAGGUUCAGGAUUCGCCAAUUGUAAAGAAGAAUUGAAAGCUUUAGCGUUACAAGCUCUCGCUCAUUCUAGUCAGUUGAUCAUUGACAAAUCCUUGAGGGGAUGGAAGGAAGUUGAAUAUGAAGUUGUGAGAGAUGCUUUUGAUAAUUGCAUAACGGUUUGUAACAUGGAAAAUGUAGAUCCACUUGGAAUACAUACUGGAGAAUCCAUAGUGGUAGCUCCAAGUCAGACACUCACAAAUAGUGAAUAUAAUAUGCUUCGAACAACAGCAAUCAAUGUCAUCAGGCAUUUUGGUGUUGUAGGUGAGUGUAACAUACAAUAUGCACUGAAUCCCCAUUCUGAAGAAUAUUACAUCAUUGAGGUAAAUGCGAGACUUUCCAGAAGCUCUGCCUUGGCUAGCAAAGCUACAGGAUAUCCCUUAGCCUAUGUAGCAGCCAAAUUGGCUUUGGGUAUACCAUUACCUGAGAUCAAAAAUUCAGUUACCGGCGUCACUACUGCUUGUUUUGAACCUAACCUCGAUUACUGUGUAGUGAAAAUACCAAGGUGGGAUCUACAUAAGUUUUCCAGGGUCAGCACGAAGAUUGGUAGUUCUAUGAAGAGUGUGGGGGAAGUGAUGGCUAUAGGAAGAAAUUUCGAAGAAGCAUUUCAAAAAGCUUUAAGGAUGGUUGAUGAGAAUGUGACAGGCUUUGAUCCCUACUUGAAGCCUGUGAAUGAUGAUGAAUUAAAAGAGCCUACCGAUAAAAGGAUGUUUGUACUUGCAGCAGCUUUGAAAAGUGGCUACUCUAUAGAUAAGUUGUAUGACCUUACUAAAAUCGAUAAGUGGUUCCUUCAAAAAAUGAAAAAUAUCAUAGAGUAUAAUAAUCUGCUUGAAACGAUUGACCAAAAUGGUUUGAGGCAUGGUCUUCUGCUGAAAGCUAAGCAAAUUGGAUUUUCAGAUGAACAGAUUGCCUCGGCCGUUAAAAGUACAGAACUUGCUGUACGAAUGCAGAGAGAAGAGCUCAAUAUAAAACCUUUUGUGAAACAAAUCGACACCGUAGCAGCGGAGUGGCCUGCCACGACUAAUUAUCUCUACCUAACAUACAAUGCAUUUUCUCACGACUUAGAUUUCAAUGAAGAACACACGAUGGUGAUCGGUUCUGGUGUUUAUCGAAUCGGGAGCUCUGUUGAAUUCGACUGGUGUGCUGUCGGGUGUCUGAGAGAGCUGAGACGUCUCAAUCGCAAGACAAUAAUGGUAAACUAUAACCCCGAGACUGUUAGUACAGAUUACGACAUGUCUGACAGGUUAUACUUUGAAGAAAUAUCUUUCGAAGUCGUUAUGGACAUAUACAACAUAGAAAAUCCAUGUGGGAUAAUUUUGUCAAUGGGUGGUCAACUUCCAAAUAAUAUAGCCAUAGACUUGCACAGACAGCAGGCAAGGAUUUUGGGCACCUCUCCAGAGAGUAUUGACGGUGCUGAAAAUAGAUUCAAGUUCUCACGAAUGCUCGAUAGAAUUGGAAUAAUGCAACCGAGAUGGAAAGAGUUAACUAAUUUAAAAUCGGCGACAGAGUUCUGUAACGAAGUAGGGUACCCUUGUCUUGUCAGGCCUUCGUAUGUACUCAGCGGUGCAGCAAUGAAUGUAGCUCACUCAGAUCAAGAUCUGGAAACUUACCUGAAUGCAGCUAGUGACGUCAGUAAGGAACAUCCUGUAGUGAUAUCAAAGUUCUUGCUGGAGAGUAAAGAAAUAGACGUUGAUGCAGUGGCUUACGAAGGAGUCAUCCUGUGUAUGGCAGUAUCUGAACACGUUGAGAAUGCUGGAGUACAUUCUGGAGAUGCUACGCUCGUAACACCUCCUCAGGAUAUCAACACUGAGACCUUGGCAAAAAUAAAACACAUUGUCAGGUCAAUAGCUGCUUCAUUGGAGGUUACUGGUCCUUUCAACAUGCAGCUCAUAGCUAAAGAUAACGACCUCAAGGUAAUAGAGUGUAACGUGAGAGUUUCAAGAUCGUUUCCUUUUGUGUCAAAAACUUUGAAUCACGAUUUCGUUGCGAUGGCCACAAGGGUUAUAGUAGGAGAGGAAGUUGAGCCGGUUGAUGUGUUGCAUGGAUGUGGCAAAGUAGGAGUGAAAGUUCCUCAGUUUUCUUUCUCCAGAUUGGCUGGUGCCGAUUUCAUGUUGGGCGUUGAAAUGGCUUCUACAGGAGAAGUAGCGGGUUUCGGUGAUAAUAGACACGAGGCAUACUUGAAAGCCAUGAUGAGCACUGGAUUCAGUAUUCCUAAAAAAUCUAUCUUGCUCUCCAUAGGAAGUUUUAAGCACAAAAUGGAGUUGUUGCCUAGUAUGAGGUCAUUGCAGAAGAUGGGCUAUAAGCUGUAUGCCAGUUUAGGAACUGCAGAUUUUUAUAACGAGCAUGGAGUUGACGUUGAAUCUGUUCAAUGGACCUUUGACAGCAUAGACGACAUAACCAGUCAGGGCGAGCUGAGACCGUUGGCAGAAUUUCUUUCAAAAAAACAGUUCGAUUUGGUUAUCAACUUGCCAAUGAGGAAUGGAGGAGCUAGAAGAGUGUCUUCCUUCAUGACACAUGGCUACAGAACCAGAAGGUUGGCAAUAGACUACUCUAUACCUUUGGUUACAGAUGUAAAAUGUGCCAAAUUGUUGGUUGAGGCAAUUCGCAUAAUUGGUAAAGCUCCUCCAAUGAAGACCCACACGGACUGCAUCAGCUCUAGAAACAUCAUUAAAUUACCGGGUUUCAUCGAUACUCAUGUGCACGUGAGAGAACCUGGAGCAACCCACAAAGAAGAUUACUCCACAUGUACGGCUGCGGCACUGGCAGGAGGGGUAACUCUCAUCUGCGCGAUGCCUAACACCAACCCUGCCAUAGUAGAUGAAGAAUCGUUUUCGCUUGUGAAAGAACUGGCCCAAAAAGGAGCGAGGUGUGACUAUGCGUUGUUUGUAGGAGCCUCUUCUGAUAAUACUUCCACAAUCUCUGAAUUGGCUUCUAAAGCUGCUGGACUGAAAAUGUACUUGAACGAAACAUUCACAACUCUUCGCUUAAACGAUCUUGAUGUAUGGGCCAAGCAUUUGUCAAACUGGCCGAAGCGUGCUCCUCUGUGUGUUCAUGCCGAAAGAGAGACCACCGCUGCCAUUAUCCUUUUAGCCCAUCUACAUAACCGACCAAUUCAUAUCUGCCACGUUGCCAGGAAAGAAGAAAUUAUGCUCAUUAAAGCUGCUAAAGAGAAGGGUAUAAAAAUUACUUGUGAAGUUUGCCCACACCAUCUGUUUUUGUCAACGAAAGAUGUGGAGAAAUUAGGAGACAAAAAGAGUCAGGUUCGGCCAAUUUUGGUUUCGCCUGAAGAUCAACAAGCUUUGUGGGAUAACAUGAACGUGAUAGAUUGCUUUGCAACCGAUCAUGCUCCACACACCAUUGAAGAAAAGCUCAGUGAAAAAGCACCUCCCGGUUUUCCUGGAUUAGAAACCAUACUUCCUCUUCUUCUGAAUGCUGUAAAUGAAGGCAGAUUAACAAUAGAUGAUCUGAUUAAUAAGUUCCACAAGAAUCCCAAGAAAAUUUUCAAUCUUCCUGAUCAGCCUAACACUUAUGUGGAAGUGGACAUGGAGGAGGAAUGGGUAAUACCUGAAUUUACUUCGUAUAGUAAAGCCAAGUGGACUCCAUUUGCAGGAAAAAAGGUGAAAGGCUCAGUUCAUCGGGUGGUACUUCGGGGAGAAGUGGCGUAUGUAGAAGGUCAAAUCUUGGUCCCCCCUGGUUUUGGUCAAAACGUCAGAGAAUCAGAAAAAGGAUUUUACAGUAACCCCGUUGACAUGAGUAGACCACCUUCAAUACUUGCCCUAGACAGGCCAACCUCUCCAUAUCCAGUGAAUGGUAUUGUGGACUACGAUAAUGAUGGACAGACAAAUGAAAUCUUUUCAAAAUUACUAUCGACGGAUAGCAAAGUACACUUCGCACAAGACACGCUUCCUGUCGACAACAGAUUGCUUUCUCCCGUUCCUCCAAGGGUAAGAACAGAUAGUUUUUCCAAUGCAGAGCGUAAAGCAAAGACUGAAAGCCAACUAGAUCUGACCCAUACGCACCACAUACACGGAUUAGCAAAUAAGCAUAUCUUAAGUGUCGGUAUGUUCACGAAAGACCAGCUGAAUGAUAUUUUUAAUUUGGCUCAAACCUUCCGUGUUUACGUGGCCAAGGAUAGACCAUUGGAUCAUAUUUUGAAAGGUAAAGUAAUGGCUUCCAUCUUCUACGAGGUCAGCACACGAACCAGUUGCAGUUUUUCGGCAGCCAUGCAGAGACUAGGUGGUAGAGUCAUUUAUAUGGACGAGACGAGUUCUUCAGUUAAAAAAGGAGAAACUCUGGAAGACUCCGUUGCUGUAAUGGCAGGAUAUGCAGACGUGCUGGUUCUGAGACAUCCUGCUCCUGGAUCAGUUCUGAAAGCUUCACAACAUUGCCGGAAACCACUGAUAAAUGCAGGAGAUGGUGUAGGAGAACACCCCAGCCAGGCCCUUUUGGAUAUAUUCACAAUUCGUGAAGAAAUCGGUACCGUCAAUGGAUUAACGAUAACUUUAGUUGGUGACCUGAAGAAUGGUAGAACUGUACAUUCAUUGGCCAGGCUACUAACUUUGUAUAAUGUCCAACUUAGGUAUGUAAGUCCACCAACUUUGAAAAUGCCUAGUCAUGUGACAAAAUUUGUCCACUCAAGAGGAAUUUCUCAAGAAGAGUACAGUUCAUUAGAACAAGUAUUACCAGACACAGAUGUUCUAUACAUGACAAGGAUACAAAGAGAACGCUUUGAUAGUCAAGAAGAAUACAAUGAGGCCUGUGGACAUUUUAUUGUAACUCCAAAAUUGAUGACAAGAGCUAAAAGGAAAAUGGUAGUACUCCACCCACUUCCACGAGUUGGAGAAAUCCAUGUUGAUUUUGACACUGACCCGAGAGCUGCAUAUUUCCGACAGGCUGAAGGUGGCAUGUAUGUAAGAAUGGCCCUCCUUGCCAUGGUUUUAGGCAGAUGCUGAAAAUAGUUGAUAAAAUAGGCAACAGGAAUUAUUAAUGAGCUAAAUGCUCAGUCAUUCUGAAAUAAAUUGUUUCGAAAAAAAAUAAACAGUACAUAUAUUACUAUUUGGAAUAUGUACAGAUGUAAAACUUCUUAGGAAUAAAAAGGCUUGAACAAUGUUGAGUAAAAAUCAAAUGUUAGUGAUAAAACUUGUUUAUGAUCAAUGAAAAUUUAUUUUCACUUCACUUUUCUGCUAGUCUUUGUAACUCAUGUGAUAAUUAUUUAUCAAUAAAGAGACUUGAUUCCAAGAGAUAAGAGGAAUCUGAAAAACGUGA